GCACGCACCCACGCUCCCAAACACUCCGCGGCGCGCGCUCCUCCACGUGCACUCUCACACAGCAGGCACCAAAGCCUUACGUCAAGCCAGACAGGAAGAAGAAAGCAAAUCUGAUGGCACGAUAGCCGGGUCCUCACGUCCCACCGAAACAAAUGCCUACCCGCUCCUCUCGCCCAUGGACGCGCCAUCCUGUUUCGCACGGAUUUCGUCUGUGUGCACUGAGGCAGAGCUGAUCUUAUGGCAGACAUCAGCCCGCCUUGUACCGUCGCCCAUCUGAUCCACUGUGAGAGAAAAUAAUUCGACGAGAGGAAGUGAGAUGAAAAGCCAACAAAGGCCAUCACUGCUCGCCUUAUCGGCACUCCUGCUCUGCACAUUACACCAGACAGCUGGGUCCAGCAGAUCUCAUCGCAGCAGCUCAGCAUCAACAACAUCCCCAUCAGAGGUGAGAGGCAGGAAUCAUUUGGGGACGCCCCAAAACUGGUUAAAACAGACUGAUAUUACUUCCAACUAUGGCAAUCACAGCCACCAAAGUAGGCCAUCGCCAACGCUUAAAGAGGUAACAGGCCACGUGAAUGGCUUCUCUUUCAACACCAGCAGAGGCAAUAUUACUACUGUGAUAUCUGGAAGGUCUGGCAGGGCACCAAGCUGGAGCCCAGAGGAAGGGGUGUCACCACUGUGUGCCUACCGAGUGAUUGAGGGAGGCAUUGGGGGGCAGCUGUGUUUUCGACAAACGCUGCCUGGGUACAAGUGUCGUAAGGGAGACUGCAGGACAGCUGUGUCUUUGGGGAAUCUGGUGGCAAAUAUUCUUAUCAAUGGCAGCGUACUGUUACAGUGGACCCAUGAGGGAGAAUCCACAAUGACUGGCCGAGACGUGAAGACUGCAGCCAGUCAGAAGAGCAGUGGGAAUCCUGGGAGUAAUUUAACAAGCGAGGGAACUCUUAGAUCAAACUCUGUUUUCAGUGGCCGACGCCACAGAAGGGGAGGCUACGAGUUGAGCUGCUGGUGGAACGGAAGUUAUACUCAGUUUGAGUGUGCUGGUGUCCAUCUUGGAUCUGGCUGCAGGGACUUUCUCCUGACUGAGCUGCAUGAGAACAUCCCCUACCGCAUCUGCCUGCGCUCUCUGGCCCACUCCAAUCCAGCCCAGAGAGCAGACCCGCGGGACUGUGUAGAAUUUACUCUGCCGCCGUCUGGGAUGCAGGACAUUGUGAUCGCCAUGACAACGGUGGGGGGAGCUAUUUGCGUGAUGCUGGUCAUCAUCUGCUUGCUGGUGGCAUAUAUCACAGAAAACAUCAUGAGCCCCACGACACAGCACACAUACUCCUACCACACUCACUCGCAUCACUGAUGUUACACUGAAUCCAAGAUGCACUGCUAAAUGAAUCAAAUGGCCUGCAUUUAACAUCCAUGAUGACCAUAUCUAAUCUCACAAUCAUAGUCACUCGUUGUCAAUAAUAGUUAUUUUCAAUCAGCCAUAUAAUAUGAUAUACACAUCCUGUUAUCACUGAAUUGAAGCACAAUCUACUGUGGCUCUGCAAAUAACACGCCUUGUCAACCUCUGCGUGGGUACUGAUAACCUACAUCUACUAUUAUGCAGUAGUUUACUGUGUUAUGUUUUUGCUCAAGGUUGUCUGUGAUUGAGUCUGUCAAUCUGUAUGCUGGCAGCAUUUAAACAGCAAUACAAUAAAUGAAAUGGCUUUGAGUACAUCAGAAACAGCUGUUUUUGCUAAAUGUGCAGCCUGUGAAAGUGUCCAGACUUGUCCUGUCCUUGCUGAGACGCAGGAAAAAUAAAACUUUACUGAAUUCAAUUUUUCCACUUGACUAAAUCAUCCCACCAUCUAGUUUUGCUUUUAGUUCUGCAUACAGUAUGUAUUUUUACCAUUUUGUGAAGGGCAAUCUGGUGUACAAUCUCCAAAUACUGUGCCAAACAUCUUGAGAAUGCCGUUAUGUCCUGCUGUCAGUGAAUAAAGUACCAUGAGGUCAUUUGUAAUACUUUA